GCUGCGUCCAUUGUGGCUCAUCUUACGUCACGAUAGCGGAAGUAAACAAAGCGAUGGCGCUGUCAAAACGAUCAGCGAAGCUCGACACACCUCGAGCCGACAUGUUUCUGACUCUCAUUAACUGUCUUUCACUGAUUGAUUGAUUGAUUGAUUGAUUGAUUACAUCGUCGCUGACUUUGGUCUACUCUGAAACGAAUGUCGCGCCACAAAUACCACAGCGUUAAAUAAGACGGUCGCAGCCAUGGCAGAAGUACUUGGACGGAGAAGCUUAUUAGGCGUUGGUGUUCUGCUUGCCUGGCUUGUUCUCUUCCACCUCCUGGUCAACAUCUGGCUGCUGUGUGUGUUCACCAGCCUGCUUGUGGUACUCGGGGGCUGGCUUGGAUCGCAAGCGGUCCUUGAGUCCAACAGCCUAGUACACCUGGAGAGGUUCAUCAGCCUGCAUCCGAUUUCCUCAUCUGUGGAGGAUGAGGAACAGUUGGAUCAGGAGAUCCAGAACACAGUCAUGAAGAUCAUAAGGGAUUUUGUCUCCUCCUGGUACUCCACCAUAUCCACCGAGAGGGCUUUUGAAAUAGAUGUGCACGAAGCCAUGAUCUCCAUGGCAAUGGAACUGAAGACACGUGCUAGAUUGGUUGAUCAGAAGGCCCUGUCCGAGAGGCUGCUGGACCUCUAUGGUGGCCACCUGCAGAAGUUCCUCAGAGCGACGCAGCUGGUAGCAGAGCAGCCCAGCGACGCCAGCGACAGGUUGUGGAAGGUCUACACAGAGCUGGAGCCCCCUCACCCUGCGGUGAAGAGUGCUGCCGUGGAGCACAACUACACCAGGGCGGUGGUGGACCUGCUCCUGCACUCUCUGGUUCCACCACCCAACCUGGAAAGCACCACUGGCCGCUUUGUGGUGGGCGAACUCAUUACUUGCAACGUUCUUCUCCCGUUCUUCACCAAAGUCUCUGAGCCGGACUGGCUCAACGUCCUCCUGGUUCAACUCUUCACCUCCCCAUCAGUCCUCGCUGCAGAGCCCGUAGAGUCCUCAUCAGCGCAGCCCCCUCAGCGUCAUUCCACGCCUGUCCCGCCAGUGCCUCCAUCUGCUCCGCCGUCUGCUCGCUCAGAAGUGCCACCGAAGGAGGAAGAGACCACAGCCCCCCGACCCACCGAACAGACAAUGUCAGCGUCCCCCUCGUACGCAGUGGCUUCAGAGGUGGACACCCAUUCAGCCAGCGACACGGACACAACCACAGACAAGCUUCAUUCGGUCAGUUGCGACACAGUGGACUCUGAGCUGUACAGCCCUCAGAACAUCAUAGAGGAGGUGGAACACUGUCGUCGGUUCCUGAGGAACUACGUCAGGCCGUGUAAGUCCAACCCUUUCUACCAGGAGAACGACUCUGACCUGGAGUCGCCCUUGGCCGACUAUAAGCGGGACUCUUUAGACUCUCUGAUCACGGAUGGGCAAGAGGGCAGCCAGUCUGAUCUGCCCCGGGAAUGCGCCACACCAACCGAUUGCUUAGAUCUCGACCUGGAUGUUGACCCCGGCCACGUCGAUGAGAUGGGCCCUAAGGCCUUGUUACACUCCCAGCCGCUAGACCAGGUCGACGGCUGUGGGCCCUCCUGCUUGCGCCCGGCGCAGGGUUCUCCCGGCCCCACCCGCAGCCUCCAUUUGCCGGACCCGGUGGGGAGCCCUGUAUCCACUAACCCUGCCAGGGAGCUGUUCCUGGGGCUGGAGGGGGCGCCGGGGACCCCGGGGACCCCUAAUGAGCUGGCCCCCGCCAUCGCCUCGCUGGUGCCCUCGUCACGGCCUUCCUUCAGCUUCGAGCCGCUGAGCAGCCCCGAGGGGCCGGUGCUCAUCCAGAACCUCCGCAUCACUGGCACCAUCACCGCCAAGGAGCACCGCGGCACCGGCUCACACCCCUACACCCUGUACACCAUCAAGUACGAGACGGUGGUGUACUGUGAGGCGGCGGCCUGCCUCCAGCCAGGCUGUGAGGAGGGGGAUUCGGCCCAGGGGCCUGGGGACGGCCCCGGGCCCGUGGACUGCCCCGGGGCCGGGCAGCCAGUGGCCUACCACACGGUCAACAGACGCUACAGCGAGUUCCUCAACCUCCAGACACGCCUGGAAGAGAAACAGGAACUGCGGAAGCUCAUCAAAGGUGUAAAAGGACCAAAGAAGAUAUUUCCUGACAUGCCAUUUGGAAACAUGGACAGCGACAAGAUUGAAGCCAGAAAAGGAUUGCUGGAGACUUUUCUAAAGCAUCUCUGUUCCAUCCAUGAAGCUGCAAACAGUGAGGAGAUGCAGGAGUUUCUAGCCCUCAACACAGAUGCACGGAUUGCCUUCGUCAAGAAACCUUUCAUCGUGUCUCGCAUAGACAAGAUUGUGGUGAAUGCCAUCGUGGAUACAUUGAAGACGGCGUUCCCCCCCCGCUCAGAACCCCAGAGCCCUACAGAGGACAACGAGGGAGAGAUGGAUAGCGGAAAGAUGAACCCUGACAAGAAGAACAGGUCUCGCCUAAGAUUCUCCAGCAAAAACAACCCCUAUGUGAACGGCUCUGAUCUGAGGCCUCGGGUGACGUUCUGCUUCGAGCAGAGCAACACGAUGUUCAGCGGCAUGUCGCUGGCCCGCCUGCAGGCCUUGCUGACGGGACAGGAGGGCCCGGAGCCUGAGUGGGGCGUCGGUGGACAGGUCAGAGGAGGGGAGCCAUGCGUCCACGUGGACAGCAGCCCCAAGGCCACACCCCGGGCCCAGCCUGGGUGUGAGAUGGCGCUGGCGGAGCCGGCCCUCAGCAUCGUGUGCCUGCUGAUGGCGGGCCAGUGGGGCUGGCUGUGCACGGAGAACGUCCAGCGGACGGUGCGCAUGCUGUUCGGGACGCUCAUCGACAGGUGGCUGGAGGUGAGCGUGGCCAACCUGACCAGUAUGCAGUACUGGGUGACAUAUCUGCAGAUCAUCCAGGAGGCGGUCUGGCCAGGGGGGGUCCUGCCCGCCGAGCCCUGGCCCCUGCGCACCCCACUGGAGAGGGACCACAGCCGACAGCAGGCCCUGCUGGGACUGAUGGGAGUGGUGCCAGACCUGGUGUCGGAGCUGCUUGGCUCUGACAAGUACAGACUGAGCUGGCAGACGGCGCUGGAUUCCCUUCAAGACCCCUACAUCAACAGACACCUGCUCUACUGCAUUCUGGACCUUCUCCUGGAGUUCCUGUUCCCUGACAUCCCAGAGGAAGACUUCCAGCGGAUUCUGCUGCAGAGCCUCUCCAAGACCACAGAGGGCCCAGCGGUGUGAGGGCUGUGGGGCAGGGUUCAGUAUGAGAAAGCUGCUGGAGCAGUGUGGAGCCGUUUUGGACACUGGGAAACAGAGACGAGGAAGACCAACUGACGAGGAAGACCAACUAUGCCAGCUCACGCAUGACAUCUCCAACUGGGCUUUGAAGUAUUGGCCGUGGAAGUGUACUGUACAGGUUUUUCUGCAUGCACACAGCCUCUUCCUGCUCACUGAAACCCCAUCUUAAAGCAAACCAACCUCGGGUGCUCUUCACACCUUACCGCAACAGCAGAACACAUCAGAGAUUUUGAAGUACGAUGUAGUCCCACAUCUUUCCCAUAUUUGGGCCUGGAGAUAUGCUACAAAGGGGGUCGCCUCUGCCCCCUGUCCUCUAAAAUCAACACCAAGCUGUAGGGUUCAGGUCCAUCUGUGAGCCCACCGUCCAUGAUGUGAGCAUAAGCAGCUUCUCACCUCCAGUUCUUCUCCACAGAUACAAUCAUGGAUUGCUGUGUGCUGCACUCUCCACCUCCAGCUAGCUGUAUUGACCAUCUAUCAUAAUGUACCCUCCCAGGCUUCUAUCACUGAUGGUCCCUGUACUGUACCAGCAUUAUAUCACUGAUGGUCUCUGUACUGUACCAGGCUUCUGUUAUGAUAGAUUAAAUGUCUGUUGAUUCAUUUGUAUUUCAGGAUGUUUCGAUGAAGUUCCCUCUUUCCAUCUUCAUAGGGACUACCGUUACCACACAAGUCAUUACUUGUUUUCUCUGCGGAGGUCAAUCAGGAGCAGGAAUAAUGGAUUGGAGAAAUAGUGUGAUUCACUUUUCCUAGAAGAUCAACUUGAAUGGAGCAUCAUCUAGUGGUGCUGUCUCAAGGCCUGCGAUUGGACGGGCUCGUGGGUAAAGGAAGGCUGCUGAGGCCUGUGAGGAGCAGACGAGCUUCAGUCCAAAAUUCCAAAGUCCAUCCAUCCAACCCCUGGUGUUUCUGUGUUCCAGUGUUCUGUCGCUUGUUGGCCUAUCGUGAAGCCUUGUCCUAUUUAUUCAAUCAAAUAAUUUGCUUGUAAGGAAAAAAAGUGAUUCAUUUAGUUCUAUCUUGUAGGAGAUGUUUCAUGUGUAAUGCCUUACAAAGACUUUGAGAAGACCAGGCUAGUGCAUACAUGCAAUCCCAUACAAUGAAUAUUCCUCUUUCUGCAAUUGCUGUUCACUUGUGCCAAUGGUAUUGUGAUUGCGCUGAAUGUUUGCGUUUACAAUGUUAAUGAUACUGUUAUCCUUUUUAGAUGCUCUGUAGUCGUUUCUUGAAACUUGUUGAUAUUUAUAUUUAUACACGGCGACCAAUAUCUUUACUCACAUCUGCUCUUUACCUUCCGUUCGAGACACACACACACACACACACACACACACACACACACGGAUCUCUGCCUUAUGGAGCAAUUAUUCUGCUACAUUUUUCAAUAUGUUCAAGCCGUAAUGUGUGCCCUCAAAGAGCAAUAGAACAGUAUAAGAGAACAAUGAAAGGUCAGUUUACUCAUUUAAUUGAAUGAGUUUUAAUGAUGUGUUGCGUAAGGUACCUCUUGUUUGUGUCUUGAUUUCUCUGCACCUUAAAACCCAGAUAGUAAAAUCCAUACGGAAAAAAAGUAUUUUUGAAAAAUGUUUUUUUUUUUUCAAAUUUCGAAGGAAAUGUGAUUAGCAACAUUCCAAUAAACAAUUCUGAUUAUUAUUGCAUCUUAUCCAUCAUGGCACUUUAUUUUCAAAAUGUGUUUCUGAAUUCUCAUUGUUGUGCAACUUUGUGAGUAAUUUCCUCGUACUGCAGUGGAGUCUGUUGGUGAUUGUUUAACCAAAUGUGCAUAGAUUCCUUCAAGCAUUCACAGUUUUUUAUUUGGUGCUAAGUCACAACAAUAAAGGCACUACCAAUGUUUCAAAUCUGUAAAUGAUUUUCAAGCUCAUUAUUUUCCUUAGAACAAAACUUUUUUUUUAUUCUUUGCAAUAGCCAUAUAUGUUAAUAACUAGGGAUCAGAUUUGAUUAACUGUCCACAUGGUUUUUAUUGAAGACCUGAUUUUUGUCCAAUGGCAACAAAGCACUACCCAAUCACUCAAAUCUGAACGGCUUUUUCGGGACCGAUGUUUCGGUUGAGCUUCAUUUUGUUAAACAAAACGGUUGAAUGGAGACCAAAUGGAGUCAUUACGUACGUCAGGAACCUUGUGGUGACUCGCUCAUUCACAACACUUGUUCAAUGUUUUGGUAAAACUGUAGAACUCACCUUCAUGUUUGGGCUACUUGGAGAACCAAACCCGUUAAGGAAAAAACAUUUGAU